AUGCUUCAAGGAGAUGCUGAACAUAAGCCAUAUAUCUGUGGGGAUGCAGAUUCUGCCUCUACUGUUUUGGAUGGGACUGAAGACUACCUCAUUCUGGCCUGUGAUGGCUUCUAUGAUACCGUGAACCCUGAUGAGGCAGUGAAAGUUGUGUCUGACCACUUGAAAGAGAAUAAUGGAGACAGCAGCAUGGUUGCCCACAAAUUAGUGGCAUCAGCUCGUGAUGCUGGGUCAAGUGAUAACAUCACUGUUAUUGUGGUAUUCCUGAGGGACAUGAACAAAGCUGUAAAUGUUAGUGAGGAAUCAGAUUGGACAGAGAACUCUUUUCAAGGAGGGCAAGAAGAUGGUGGGGAUGAUAAGGAGAAUCAUGGAGAAUGCAAACGCCCUUGGCCUCAGCAUCAGUGCUCAGCCCCAGCCGAUUUAGGCUACGAUGGGCGUGUGGAUUCAUUUACUGAUAGAACUAGCCUGAGCCCAGGGUCUCAAAUCAACGUGCUGGAAGACCCAGGCUACCUAGAUCUCACACAAAUAGAAGCAAGGAAACCUCACAGAGCCCAGUUUUUGCUACCAGUUGAGAUGUUUGGUCCUGGUGUACCAAAGAAAGCAAAUCUUAUUAAUGAGGUAAUAAUGGAGGAAAGAUCAUUUCAAUCAUCACUGUCUGAACAGAGUGGUGCAGGAGAGCUUCUGGCUACUUUUAAUUUGGGUUCAACAGUGCAGCAGAUACACAGAAUGGAGAGCUUGUCUCCUCUCUCUUCUGGGUUAGAAAAUGAACAGUUUAAAUUCCUGGGAAAAAGAGUUUCUAAACUGUAUCAUUUACACCACCACUACUCCAAGAGGCAGCAAGGGCUCAGGUUUAAUCCAAAAUUCUAUCCAUUUCUAUCUGUUCGAGAGCCUUCCCACAAAAUAGGCAUUAGUCUGUCCUCACUUACUCGAAGUGGGAAGAGAAACAGGAUAUUAAGAAGUUCUGUACCAUGGAGGGAAAAUAGCUGGUACAGUGAAAAUACAACAAAGGCGAGAAAGAAUAAUGAUACUCCAUAUCCAGAUAUUCCCUGGAGCUAUAAAAUAUAAUACUUUUUCUUUAAAGUAGGCUAGCUAGCUCCCCCUCAAUUAAAAUCACCACUAGCAGAGUAGAAAUAAGGUAGACAUUUCUAAAGCACAUG